UUCGGGUCGGCUAACCAGUCGGUCGGUCGGUCGGUCGGUUGGUCAGGCAAGAAAACCAGCCACGGGAGCGUCAGUCAACAAUCGAACACGCGGCAGUGAACACCGCCGAAAUGGAAACUCGCGUCGACGGGCGAACGACAGCGAUGGCGAUGACGGAGACGGCCGUCGCGUCCACGGCCGAUGACGACGACGAGCGCCGACGAGGAUCGAUCGCCGUCACGUGGAGUCGCUGCAAAAAGCUGCUGCUCGAUUUUCACUUCAACUCCGAUCGGAUAUUUUACUGGGUCGGAUAUAAUAUAGCUACAAAACCGUGGCUUUGGCUAAUAAUUUCCCUGUGCCUAAAUCUCGUCUUCGGUCUCGGACUGUUACUCUGGAGGGAAGAGAUCGAUGAAGUAGAACUCUAUAUGCCAAUCGAUUCUGUAUUUCGCAAGGAUGCUGCAUGGGUGAAGGAGCAUUUCCGAGACGAUCUCAGGCACGAAAGUGUCAUCGUCACUGCUCCUAACGUGCUGGAUCCCGAAGUGCUGCGAUCGGUACAUAGGCGAUCAUGAAUUAUACGAGUAUCAGCGAAGGUUCUUUUCUACAAUAAUAAUACUUGGGAAGAUGUGUGCGCUGGAUAUUUUACAUGGUUCCAAGAAGAUGAUAAAUGGGAAACCAUGAAUAAAACUGAGUUUCCCGAGGAAUAUCUACCUGUUAUAAACAGUACGAUGGCGAAGGAACCUUGUAUUCAUAAAUCGCUCUUAAAGAUAUGGCAUAAGGACAGUAGAAAUAUCGAUAAAUUAACAAAGACCAGAAUAUUAGAUGAUGUUACCGCGACUCUGCAAAAUACAAAUACCAAGGACAUAUUAUCUGACGUUGCGCCGUUACUAGGCGGUGUUGAUUAUGAUCAAAACGGGAGAGUAAAGAGCGCGAACGCUACAAUUCUAUAUUGGUUGCUGAAGAAGUCCAAUCCGCAGUCACCAGAAUGGGAGGUUGAGUUCAUCGAGAGGGUAUUGCACUCGAAUCGUACCCUGCCGCCAGGUAUGGAGAUCUACGCGGUGACGCUACGUAGCUACCAAGACAUGUUGCACGAAGUGGUCAACAGUAAUAUGACCGUGUUAUUCUGCGGCAUGUUACUGAUCACGUUCUACGUAAUUAUGAUGAUUGGUCGGUGCAACGCGAUGCAGCAACGAAUAUAUUUAUCCCUCAUGGGUAUUUCCGUGGUUGGCCAGGCUAUCUUGUCGGCUUAUGGGAUAUGCUACUAUAUGGGAUUUUUCUACGGUUCAGUGCAUCCGAUCUUGCCAUUUUUGCUACUUGGUAUUGGCGUCGAUGAUAUGUUCAUCAUCAUGCAAAAUCUUGAAACUAUGUCAGAGACGGAUAAGUCCUUGGACAUCCCAUCCCGUAUAGCAAAAUCUAUUCAAGUUUCAGGUAUGUCCAUUACCGUGACAUCAUUUACCAACAUGGUGGCCUUCGCCAUCGGCAUGACAACAGUGAUGCCCUUUCUGAAAUCCUUUUGUAUAUUUGCCGCAAUGGGUAUAUUAUUCCUCUACAUCUACGAGAUCACGUUCUUUGUCAGCUGUCUGGUAUACGAUGAAAGACGAUUGGCGGCAAAAAAGGAGGGCUGUUGUUGCCAGCCGCGACCCAAUUGGCAACCAAACAAAUGCACCAAGCAAAACUUUCAGCGGUAUAUUUUCGAGAAAUACGUCGGACCUUGUGUGAUGAGAACGUCGAUAAAGAUUAUCAUCCUGUUAGUCACUGCUAUCCUGCUAGGCGUUAACGUGUGGGCAAUAUUUCACUUGAACCAGAACUAUGAUCCGCUCGUCUAUUUAAAUCAGGAAUCUUAUCCUAUACGAUUUAAUAACAAAUUGAUGAAAUACUUUCCAAAGUAUGGCAAGAAUGUCAAUAUAUACCUGACGGGUGUAGACUAUUAUCAAGAUCGUCAUGCAUUGUCCCAGUUGGUGGACAGUCUCAAGCAAAAUCCAUAUGUUAAUAAUCGUACUUUGGACCCGUGGUUUAUAGUGUAUCAGGAAUGGCUCGACACUACUGGCAAAGGACAUUAUAUCGAGAAUAGAGACGAAUAUUAUAAUACUCUUACGGAAUUUCUCCUAUUUACGGUGAAAGGCCAAGCGUACAUCCAAAAUAUGAAAUUCAAUAAGUUGCCGUUUAAUGACUACAAUAUCACAACAUCACAGAUUCCAGUCCAACACAUUCCCAUAACUACGUCGUCCGAUCAAACACGGGCUAUGCAAUCUGUCAGAGACGCCGUGAAAUCGGUGAAUUUUACUCAGGGAUACGAUUAUAUUGCAAUUUAUUCGUCGGAUUAUAUAUCAUGGGCGUCGAACACGAUCAUCGGCGAAGAAUUGAUCAGGAAUUUGAGUUUAGAGAUAAUGGCGGUAGGAAUAGUAACAUUGGUCCUACUUAGAAAUCUACUUGCGUCGUUUUGGGUGAUGUGCUGUGUACUGUUCACGCUCAUCGAUCUUCUAGGCUCGAUGUACUUUCUGGGAUUGACUAUCGAAAUAUCAUCAACCAUUAUGAUCCUAUUGUGCGCCGGACUGGCAGUUGAUUAUGCUGCACACAUUGGUUUGGAAUUUAUACGUUCAAGCGGCAAUAAACAAGAACGAGCACUAACGACGUUUAACGUUAUUGGACCAGCAGUGUUUAAUGGUGGAUUAAGUACAUUCCUUGCCUUUGUCCUGGUAGGUUUCAGCCAGGCUUAUGUUUUCACAACUUUUUUCAAGUUGAUUACGUCCGUAGUGACAUUUGGUUUGUUUCAUGGAAUGUUAUUUUUACCGGUAAUAUUAAGCUUGGCGGGACCAGGUGAAAGAAGGCAAGAUAGUUCGAAAAAAAGCCAAGCUAUGCAAUAUCAGAAUGGUUAUUAUACCGUCCAUCUAUCCCAAAAUGGAAAAGAUACAGAAGAUGCACUUGCUAAAUGACGUUUAGCAAUGCUACAAAAGGCUGCUUAGGUGAAAAUAUUUUUGUAGGUAAUUGA